CGUGAAAGUAUGUUGUCACUCCCUAGCCCCUCCGACGCAGAAGUCUUGUACAUGGAGGUGGUGGUACUGACGAUUUCAGAGACUCGGUCUCAGGGGUUGGCACCAGCUUCAACCAGACGAUCAAGUCCACCGCUCGACAAGAAUGCAAUCCCAGAUAACCAAAUUAUGAUAUUGCCUCUGCAGACUGACACGAACCUGACAGCGGCAAACCUCCUGGCCGGUGAUGCGCCAACAACACAGCUUCAUGCAGAAGACGUUUGGACCUCAUUAGCGCAUGGGCAGGUAUUCGACUUUACGGACGUUGAGUUCACUGAUGGCUUCUUUAUUGAUGACAGCAACAUCGAGUUCACUGUUCCCACCAACCUGGGUUCCUUCGCCAAUACUCCAUCCAUCCAGCUGUUGCAAAAUGAUGAUCAUAAUGUCCUCCCCUCAACACCGACGAUAAAUAUCGAUCCACAGAAGCAACAACCGCCAGGCUUUCCCGACCUGAUUUUCUCGCCACUCAACUCGUUGCAAAACUUCGAGGAGAUCUCGAACCAAGGAGGUGACGUAACGCAGACACAUGAAGUCACACAGAGCUCAAAUGCUUCUGCUCCAGCCCAGCCCAACAGGCGACCUAAUGGACCCCGAGAUCAAUAUGUCCUCCCCGAGCAGGCUUGCUCGGUGUCUGACAGUAGGGAGACGGUCAAACAUCUUUUCGACAGUCAUCUCUCUGAUGUCCUGUCCAUCGGGGACGAUCGGUCAACGAACCCGUGGCAAGUCCAUGUGUGGCCAAUGGCUGAUGGUUGUCCGGCACUUUACCAUGCCCUGGCUGCGAUGUCAUAUUCAUACACGAGCAAGUCACAGCCGCAACCCCGCGCGGCUGGCGUGGAGCACUUUGGUAACAGCGUGCAGGCCUUUGCGCAGGUCAAAGACAAUAGCAGCAUAUCUCUUGAAGCCUCCCUGGCCACCAGACUGGCUCUUAGCUUCGCCGAAUCCUGGGACGACCAACAAGUUUCGCCUGGGAUGCAGCAUAUCAGGCUGGCAGGAGAGCUUGUUCGAGACGCUUUCAACAAACACAAGACUACGAGGCUGACAGGAGCGGAGCUGGACCGGCUGAGCUUCCUCGCACGCACUUGGAUGUACAAAAAUGUUGUGACUCGCCUGACAACCUCAUACGAAGGUGACUUUGAUGAUAUGGAGUCCAUGACAGCCUAUAUUCAACUUCAUCCUCUGCCACUGAAACAGCUCGACCCACUAAUGGGUUAUGCUAUCGCGCUAUUCCCAUUGCUUGGGCAUCUGGCGGACAUCAUCAAGUCCGUCCGACGAAGGACCGAAAAGCACAACUCGCCGUUCAUGAUCCCUAAAGGUGCAGAGCUACGGCUGGCAAUCGAGGGCUGGACGCCCUCCUUCGAUCCAGAACGUUCAGGAGGUAUUACGCCCCACACCUCGGAUAUUAUACAGACGGCCGAGGCAUAUCGCUGGGCAGCGCUGUUGCUACUGAGGCAGGCCAUACCGGAACUUCCAUGGAUCCAGUCAUUCUGGGAACUGGCGGAGAAGGUCUCCAUCUACCUUGCAACCACCCCUGUUACGUCUCGAACAAUGAUUGUCCAGACAUUCCCCCUCAUGGCCAUAGCUGGCGAGGCCUUCGAGAGAGAAGACCGCGACUGGGUGCGUGAGAGAUGGGACGCCAUGUCCAAGCGAAUGCCCCUGUCAAGGUUGGACAGAUACAAGAGAGUGACCGAGGAAGUAUGGAGGAGGAGGGACGCAUUCGAAGCAAAAUGUGGCGCAUGCCCCAGCUGCGGUGCUUUCCGGCUCAGUUCACCAGGAACCAGUCCUAACGUGGAUAGCAUGACCGCCACUGUUGUGCCGGUCCCAUCUUCGAGUCACAUCGAAGGGGGAAACCGUCGCUGCCGAUGUAGUGCGACGACAACGGUCACUGCGCCACCAUCCGGCUUUCCAGACUCUUUGGCUUUCGAGAAGGGAAUCGAUAACAUUACAAGGGCGAGCAAUCUACAUUACACGGUCCGAGGGAAUCUGCACUGGCUGGGAGUCAUGAAGGACUGGGAUUGGGAAGUUACGCUUGGCUAA